AUGUUUAAUUCUGUACAAAUAAAACAUGAAUGUAUGGGAAUAGAAGAUGUUAACUCUGGUGAUAAAAUUAAUGCUCCAACUAAUUCCAAAUAUUCAACAUUUAGUCAGGAAAAUGUUGAUUAUAAAUAUAAUGAGUUAUCACAGUUUUGGAAUCAUACACAGUUAUCAAAUGAAAUACACCCAAAAAAUGAAAUUCAUGGCCAAUACAAUUUAUUUCAAACUGAAGAAAAUAAUUGUUUAGCAUAUAUGAAAAAUUGUGUACAAAAUAAUACAAUCUUUCAAGUUAAUCAGGGAGAAAGUUUGAAUCAAAUGAAUCAACAGUGUCAUAUAGAUAUGCCACAAAAAGCUGAACAAUUGCAAUUUUCUCAGAAUAUACAACCAGCAAAGUUUACAAGUCAAAUAGUAACGAUUUCAGAACCUAUAUCUUCCAUAAAAUCUAACCGCCCUGGAAGACCACCUAAAAGUUCUUCAGAAGCAAAUAUAAGAAGAAAACUUAAAUGUCAAUGUGAAAUAUGUUUUAAAGAGUUUGGACAUAAAAGUAAUUUAUUUAUACAUAUGAGAACUCACAAUGGAGAACGGCCUUACAAAUGUAAUCAAUGUGAAAAGUGUUUUACUCAUAGCGGAAAUUUAGCUAUCCAUAUGAGAACACAUUCUGGUGAAAGACCUUAUGGUUGCCAAAUAUGUGGAAAAAUGUUUAGUCACAGUGGAAACUUGUCAACACAUUUAAGAACUCAUUCAGGUAUAAAACCAUAUAAAUGUGCUGUAUGUGGUAAGGAAUUUAGGCAUAGUGGAAAUUUAUCAAUACAUGAAAGGAUACAUUCUGGAAUUAAACCAUUUCAAUGUAAGGUUUGUGGGAAAGACUUUUAUCAUAGUGGAAAUUUAACCACUCAUAUGAAGAAACAUAUUGUAAAUAUUAACACUAGUAUAAAUCAGUGUGAAAAUAAUGAGAAACAAACAGUAUCUGGUGCAGUAAAUAUCAAUGACACUCCACCUAUAAGUUCAUUUAAUAAUCUACCACUCACUCAAACUACUGAUGUUAAACUAAUGCCUAGUGUAAACAACAUUGUUCCUAUAAAAAAUGAAAGUAAUGAUGAUGAAUUAACAAAUACAGUUGGAAUAUUAACAUCAACAACAAAUUAA